AUGGCUGAUCCCAUCCCGUACGGUUAUACGUCUCACGACGAGUCCACGACCCACGACAAGUAUACGGCAGAUUCUCCUCCCAAGCCCAAUGCAACCGCGAUCAUCAAGGCAUAUCUGCGUGAGCGAGUUCCCGAGUUCCAGGCACUAGAUGCUGCGCGCAGAGAGGGCUGGAACGACCCUGAUGUGGACGAGGUUUUCAUUCGGCGACGCCAAAGAGCGGACAACGCCGAUGCAGCAUCCCAAGAAAAGUUCUUCCGCAUGAUGAUCAGAAAUGGGGAAGAACUCAAUGAAGCUACCGGCGGAUUCAACAUCUUGAGGGACGAUACAGAUGAAAUACCCACCAGCAUUGUGGAUUUCUGCAUGGCACCUGGCGCCUUUCUGGAAACAGCAUUACGUGCGAACCCCGGCUCUCGCGCUCUGGCAUUCACGCUACCGCCUGACAAGGGAGGUCACUCGGUUCUACUUCCGUAUCACGAGGCGGUCGAGGUUCGAUUUUUGGAUGUCAACCUCCUAGCUGAAGAUAUGGGAUGUUUGAAAAUCCCACCUGAUCAUACAGAACCCAGUGGAUUCAUCCCACGUCAGCUGACCGAAGGCAAGAGAUGCUUCAACCUUGCUCUGUGCGAUGGGCAAGUCCUACGGAACCACCCCAGGGCAGCGUACCGAGAGCGUCGCGAAACAUCGAGACUCAUAAUGGUUCAGCUUGCGCUCGGCUUGGAGCACCUCAAGAACGGUGGUACCAUGAUUGUGCUUCUGCACAAGGUCGAGCAUUGGAACACUGUUCAACUUCUGCGCACUUUUGCCAAGUUCUCAACCUUGAAAGUUUUCAAGCCGAGUAAUGCCCAUACCACUCGCUCGUCGUUCUACAUGGUAGCCUCUGAUAUUCAAGUGCUGCACGCUCAAGCGCUCGAGGCUGUGAAGAGAUGGAUGAAGGUGUGGCAAGCUGCAACUUUCGGAACCGACGAAGAGUUCGAAGAGGCCAGACGGAGCAGUGUUGGGCCAGAAGAGGUACUGGAAGAGUUCGGGGAGACUUUGGUGGAGAUGGGAAGAGAGAUCUGGAGGAUUCAAGGAGACGCCCUGGCAGAGAAGGCCAGGAACGGCUGGUAG